AUGAAGGCGGCAUCGCACUUCUUCUUCCUAUGCGCCGCCGUGAGUGGCGCACUGAUCCCCAGGCACUCUACAAUUGUAUCUCGCGACAUCGACUUGGAGUCCGAAUACGACUUCGUCAUCGCCGGCGGCGGUAUCUCCGGGCUCACCGUGGCGGACCGCUUGACCGAGGACCCCAAUGUCAAAGUUCUUGUCAUUGAAGCAGGGCCGUUCGACCUGGGCGAAGACAGUGUGCUAAUCCCGGGCGCUUUCAAUCCGGUGCCCUACCUGUGGAUUCCUCUGCUCAGCGUGCCCCAGGAGGCGCUGAACAAUCGGUCCUUCAACGUACCUCUUGGCCGAGUGGUCGGGGGAGGCUCCGUCGUCAAUGCCAUGGUAUUCGCGAGGGCGGGUAAGGGGGAGUACCACGACUGGGAGGAAUUAGGGGCGACCGGCUGGGAUUGGGACGACCUACUGCCUGAAAACUUUACCGCACCAGACGAUGAGUAUGCCGCUACUGCAAACAUCUCGUGGGUCGAUUCAGUCCACGGAAACGAAGGACCUGUCCAGUGUUCCUAUCCCAAUUUCUUCUUCGAGGGAAGCGAAAACUGGUGGAACGCCGCUCUCUCGGCGGGGUUAACCACCGCCGGUGAUCCAAAUGGAGGCAACGUUGCGGGCUUGACGUGGUUCCCCACCGUGGCUGACUUCACCACCCGCACGAGGAGCCAUGCGAGACUGAACCACUACGAUAGGGUCGAGGACGUGCGGCCAAACUACCACAUUCUCCCGGAGCACACCGUCUCCCGUGUCAUCUUCAACGGCACAAGGGCUAUCGGCGUCGAGUACCUUCCUAGCAAAGGUGGGGAUGUGGCGACGGUCACGGCCUCUAGAGAAGUCCACCUCGCUGCCGGCGCGGUGCACACGCCGCAGAUACUGCAAUUGUCCGGCAUUGGGCCUAGAAGACUUCUCGAGGAGUUCGAGAUCGAGAUCAUCGCGGACUUGCCCGGCGUGGGGCAGAACUUUCAUGACCAGCCGAGCAUCAUCAUCCCAUACCGAGUUACCAACAAUAUUGAGCCAAACAUGGCGACUCUGAAUACCGACGAGGAAUAUGACGCCGAACAGCGCGCCUUGUACGACGCGUCGAGGGAAGGUCCAUACGUCCUCACCAGAGGACUAAGUACAACUCUCGCGCUGCCUCCGUUGUCCAACGUGACCUCCUCGUGGCGAGACAUCAUCGAAGAAGCCCAAGGCAGAGAUCCAGCAGAUUUCCUGCCGGAUGACGUGGACGAGUCCGUUCUCUCUGGGUACAAAUUGCAGCGGGAAAUUACCUUGCGCCAGCUCGGAGGACAGGAGACGCCCGUGUCCAUGAUGCAUUGGGACACCGCUGACUCCGUCCGUAUGUACUUCCUCAGACCCCUGAGCCGCGGGUCGAUCCGGAUCAAUACGACCAACCCCCUCGACAACCCGCUCAUUGACUUUCGCACACUCACCGACCCGACCGACUUUGAUCUCGUGGUAGCGUCUUUUUUAAAGAAUCGAGACAUCAUGUCGCAGCCGACCAUGGCGAUCCUCGGCCCUGAGGAGCAGGCCCCGUUCGGAAACAAUAUUACUGACGUCGACGAGCUCAAGGAGAUACUGAAGUCAGUCGUCGAGCCCUCUAGUGCCCACGAAUGCUGCACGGCGGCCAUGAUGCCUAAGGAGCGCGGUGGUGUGGUCAACCCUCAGAUGAGGGUCUACGACGUUGAGGGGCUCCGUGUCAUCGAUGUCAGCUACUGGCCAAUGGUGCUCACGGCGGCGCCGACGGCUACGACGUAUGCCUCAGGCGAGAAGAUUGCCGAUCUUAUCAAGUUGGAGUACUGCCUUGCCGGUGCGUGCGAUGAGGAGGAUUAA